GGGCUGUGGGCGGGCAUGGGCGGUGUCGACUCCGUGAUGCGGAUCCUGGCCGCGCCGCGGCGGGCUCGCUCCUUCCGCUGUCUCCCCGCUCGGGACGAGCCCAGGGAAGCGGUGCGGCCGCCGGCCGGGGCCAUGUUGGGCGGCGGGGCCAGGGCGGCCAAGCCGUCCUUCGUGUCCUACAUCAGCCCGGAGGAAAUACACAUAAAGGAACCCAUAGAAAAGGAAGUAAAUCCUCGCUUAUUACCAGGUGAACUGCUGCUUUGUGAAGCAAGCACAGUGUACAAGUAUAUGCAAGAAGAUGGAUCAAAUCGUGGCACCUACGGGAAACUCGUGUGCACGAACUUCAAGAUUUCUUUCCUUGACGAUGAUUCUGCUUCAGAUGAUAAUGAACCAGAAUUUAAGAAUAAAAUUGUAGGAGAAAAUGACAUAACCCUGCAAUGUGUAGAUCAAAUCUAUGGAGUUUAUGAUGAGAAAAAGAAACUUCUAACUGGACAGCUGAGAAAAUACCCAGAAAGGUUAAUUAUCUACUGUAAAGAUCUUAGAGUAUUUAAUUUUUGCCUGAGAUACACAAAAGAAGAGGAAGUGAAAAGAAUCGUCAGUGGUAUAGUUCAUCAUAGCCAGACUCCUAAGCUGCUUAAACGUUUGUUUCUGUUCUCUUAUGCAUCAGCUGCCCCAAACAACACAGAUGGAAGAAACCAAACUGUGAUGUUUGAUACACUCGAGGACUGGCGUGAUGAGUUGGAGCGGACCAAAGGGAAUGUGAAAUACAAAGCAGUGAUCACCAAUGAAGGCUACAGAGUGUCUGAGAAGCUGCCUUUGUAUUUUGUUGUUCCCAUAUGCAUUUCUGAAGAGAGUAUCUUGAAGUAUGAAGGCAGAGGCAUUCCUAUUUGGUGUUGGUCUUGCCAUAAUGGUGCUGCUCUUCUCAAAAUGUCUGCAUUUCCCAAAGAACAGGAUGACAGCACUUCACAAAUGCAAAAAGCCUUCUUGGAUGGAAUCUAUAAGACAAUUAGCAAACCUCCCUAUGAACUCCUGAAGGUGGAUGACUUGUCAAGCAGCCUUCCAUCUCUGCAAGAUAUCCAGACUGCAUAUACAAGAUUUAAACAGCUGUUUUUGAUAGAUAACAGUACAGACUUCUGGGCAACUGAUGUGAAAUGGUUUUCAUUACUGGAGAGCACAAACUGGCUAGAGAUAAUCAGGAGAGUCUUGAAGAAAGCAAUAGAAGUUGCUGAGUGUCUUGAAAGGCAGCAUACAAACGUUCUCCUUAUAGAAGAGACUGCUACUGAUCUGUGCUGUGUGAUAUCUAGUCUGGUUCAAGUGAUGAUGGAUUCAUACAGCAGAACAAAGUCAGGGUUUCAGAGCCUUAUUCAGAAGGAGUGGGUAAUUGGAGGACAUAGCUUUUUGGAUCGCUGUAACCACUUACGCAGAAGUGAAAAAGAGGAGGCUCCUGUUUUUCUGCUCCUGCUAAAUUGUGUUUGGCAGUUGGUACAACAGUAUCCUCCAGCAUUUGAGUUCACAGAAACUUACUUAACUGUCCUGUCAGACAGCCUCUAUGUGCCUGUUUUUAGCACUUUCUUCUUCAACUCCCAACAUCAAAGAGACACCAGUACGAGUGGUGAAAGCCUCAAGACACAAAGUGGUCCUUUCAGAUUUCUUACCGUGUGGGACUGGUCUGUGCAGUUCGACCCCAAGGCCCAAGCUUUUCUGAACAACUCUUUUUAUGCAGAGAAACCAAAACCAGAUAAAAGUCAACGGAAAACUGCACGAUUCAAACAUCAACGGCAACUUUCUUUGCCACUGACGCAGGCAAAGCCUUCCACAAAGAGAGGAUUUUUCAGGGAGGAAACAGAUCAUCUAAUUAAAAACAUUCUGGGUAGAAGAAUUGGCAAGUUCAUAAAUUCUUCAGACGAGCCUCCCAAUAAUUUAAGGGAGUUCUAUGAUAGCUGGCACAGCAAACCUGUUGACUAUCAUGGCCUUCUGUUACCUCGCAUCGAUGGCCCUGAAAUCAAAGUGUGGGCACAGCGGUAUUUACGAUGGAUCCCUGAAGCCCAGCUUCAUGGUGGUGGAACAAUAGCUAUAACUGCCAAGAUUUUGGACUUGAUGGAGGAAGUGCAAAGUUUGCAGGUGAAAAUAGAAGAAGAACAUAGUCAAGCUGUUUCUGGAGAUGUACAUUCUGUUACCACGCCGAGAAAUUCUGCCCGUUUGUCAUCCUUGUUUCCAUUUGCAUUACUCCAGAGACAGUCUGUCAAACCAGCUUUACCCACCAGCACCUGGAAGGACUUGGAAGAUGAAGAUGACUUGGUCAGGAGGGAUGACGAAUUUCUUGAUCUCAGUGGGGAUAUGUCAUAACAUGUAUAUAGAUUACAGUAUGGAUUGUAUGUGGCUAAGCUCUGAGUUUAAAUGUUGUGCUGUAUCUUCAUGUAUGGAAGUUGAGCAUCUGCAACCUGUUUAAUGGGUUUGUGGGGUUAGAAAACCUUGAUUGGAAAGAACUACUUGCCAUAAUUAACUGAGCAUGUUUUGAACUUCUGUUUCACUCUGAAGAUAUUUAUUGCUGAAACGUCUUUUUAGCAUAGGCGUAAUAAAAACAGGAGUCUUGGCUGGUGUAACCCCGUGGCCACCCUGUUUAAAAAAGAAAAACAACAAAAGAAUACUUUCUGCUGUAAAGGUGGAAUACUAAAUGCAUACCGCAACAAUCAUGCCAUCUUAACAUAACACCUCUUCCCCUUAUGCUAAGAGUACUGGGAAUGGAAGUACUGUGAUGAGGAACUUAAUACAUCUGCAUUUCCCCUCCACAUAAAAUAAACAGCGAAAGGUGGAACUAACUGCAUUCACAGAUGAACUUUUGAUAGCUGAGGAAUAAACCUCUCACAGUGUUUUGUCUGUGUGAUAUCACAGUCACAGGUUGGCUGCUCUGAGCCUGUGCUUGCAGUCAGCUUAGGGUGAGAUGCAAGAGCUUGAUGACACAUUUCAAGUCUUAGUGCUGCUGUGCUAUAUGCCCUUGCUGCCUUGGAAUAUUAAGUUUGCUGGUAAUGUUAAAAAAAUGACCUGACUAUGAGAUUCUAAUUUGCCACAAGUGGUUUUUCUCCUUUCAGUAGAGUGAGAGUUUCAUUUUUAGUUUCCCCCAUGGAUGCCAGUUGCCUUUAAGGCUUUCUGUAGCUUGCACUGAGACCCUCCACACAGCAGGGAAGACUCUUUUCCUGUAAUCCUGCAGUGAAGCAGGAUUUGCAGUCUGUUGCCACUUGCCAUGGGUUGGUGGUACAGCUUAUGAAUGUGGCAUUUAUACCAUAGGACAUUCGCAUCCUGUUGCUGGAUGUUAUAACAGUACCUCAGUGAAAGAAGCCAUAAAGAAAUGCCUGUUGACUUGGAUCUACUGUGUGUAUGUUUAUAUAAAGUAUUUUUACUGCAAAUAAUUGUCCUUUUUAAAGCUGAAUAUUAUUUGACUGUCAAAUCUAUUUUGAACCCUUAAAUUCUAGAAUACACCAAGAAUGGAUUCAAGUCAUAAAAUCAGUUACACUGAGAGUUUAGACAUUGAAUAGUUUCUCUGUUCUCAUAGGAGUUUAGAAAUCCAUUGCUGGAAAACUUAGCUGGUGGUUAAACUGUUGCUUAAUUUGAUCAGCUCGGUGAAACUGGGGAUAUUAAACUUUGUUACUGACUUAUCACUUCACACUGAGUUGUAUUAAUGGAUAGCAACAAUUCAUCAGCAGCCCUCUAAAAAUAAUUUUUCAUAUGUUAAAGUAAAUGUAUUAAUGGGGAAAGAGGGAGAGCUUGAUGCAACUAUGCCAAAAAGAAGCUUCCCAAGUCUUGAUUGCCUUAAGUCUUAGUGCGAGGACAAUACUUGAGUUUGUCGUGUUUUAUUUAAAAAUACACUAGUACUUACGCUUUCUUCUGUGAUAUGUAUGAUCUUACAGCUAGCACUUGCUAGAAUGGGCUGUACAGCACAUUUCCUUCAGACUUAGUUGUUGUAAUUCAUGUGACUCAUGUAUGCAAUAAUACUUUGCAUGUUGAAUGAGCAGUGUAUUAUUAUGGUGAAGAAAUACUUGUCAUUCUAAGGUCAUUUGGGUUCAAGGGUGGGUUUUUUUAAACUGCCAUUAGGAAAAAAAUAUUAAAAUGAUUUUUCUAUACUUUUGAUCAAACUGUUGUAAUAUUUCAGUCAUAAAGAUUACAUAUUUAUAUUAAAGAACAGAUGUUGGACGUUUAUUUGUACAUAAGUUAUCAGAAGUAUAUAUAGAAGAGAACCAUAUAUCUGGAAUUGAACAUGGGAACACUUCUAACAUAGAGUAAAUACCAUUGUUACCAGUUUUCUGCACUGAGGGAUUGGAAAUGUACUUCAUAUUUUUACUCCAGGCUUCUGUUUAUACCUCUAAGUUUUAACACUGAAUGCAAGCUAGAAGCUUUACAGGUUUUUACCUUCUUGUUAUUUCCAACAGGCUGUUUGAAGAGUGUCAAUAAAAUAUACUUUGAAAUA